CGUUUUGCAACACGAAACCAACAGCUACCAACCUACGUUACCUAGCCCAAUACCGUCCAAACCACCUCUCAGCAAACCCACCAUGUCCGACCAAGCGCCAACAUCUCGCUUCACUCCAUCAAGCCAAACGACCAGCGAGCGAUUGACGACCAACACCGUCGGCCUGGUCGCGCUCUCGGAUUUCCGCAAGCGUCGAGCCGAGGUCCUGGAGCAGCAGGAGCGCGAAGCGCGCGAGAAGAGCAAGGCCUCGACCCCCGUCGACGCCGGGACCCCUGCCAACGCCAGCGAGGCGAGCGACGCCGACCUCGCACAGCAGCAGAGCAAAAAGAGCAGGAAGAAGCAGAAGCGGGCAAAGAUUGGUGGCCUGUCGUUUGCCGACGACGAAGGAGACGAGGAGGCAGAUGGAGCCGAUGCAGGCAUCAACAAGAAGGCGCUGGCCACAAAAUCAAGUACGACACAGGGUGGCGGUGCAGCAAGCAAGGCCGCGACAGCCUCGAAAGCCAAGCUCGCCCCCAACGCCUCGGUCGCGGUCGUCCCGCGCGCACCGAUAAAACCCGCCGAACGCGACGCGCUACGAGCCGAGUUCCUGGCCCUGCAGGCGGCCGUCAAGGCCACCGAGAUCGCGAUUCCUUUCGUCUUUUACGACGGCACCAACCUUCCGGGCGGCACGGUCACGGUGAAGAAGGGCGAUUUUGUUUGGGUGUUUCUCGACAAGAGCAGAAAGGUCGGCGCAAGACACAAAUCCCGCCGGGACUGGGCGAGAGUCGGCGUCGACGAUCUGAUGAUGGUCCGUGGCACCGUCAUCAUCCCGCAUCACUACGAGUUUUACUUUUUCGCCAUCAACAAGACGGUCGGCCCCGGCGGAAAGCUCCUUUUCAACUACAGCGCCGAGGCGCCAAAGGGGGAGCAGCAGGAGCCCAAGGGUGGCGAGCUCGUCAAGACCGAGGUUGACAUCAAGACUCUCGAGGGCCACGACGACGACCCCAAUUUGACCAAGGUCGUGGACCGGCGGUGGUACGAGAAGAACAAGCACAUCUACCCGGCCACUCUCUGGCAGGAGUUUGACCCGGACAGGGACUAUCGGAACGAGUUCCGCCGCGACACGGAUGGGAAUACCUUUUUCUACUCGAAAUGAAUCAAGUCGGGAUGCUGAAAGUUUGAUCCUGGCCUUCAGUGACCACCAAGCAAACGGGGCAGAUACGCAUCGGCUUGGCCGUGUCCCUUUCGCUCAUUGUUACAAGCAGCCUAGUCAUCGUGCACGCGACCAAGACUCGGGAGCCUCCAUAAUAUGCAAGAACCCCCGACAGAAAAUUAAACAAGAAGCGCUCCUAGAGAAGUCGCCUUCUCAACGACCGCAAGACCACCAUGUGGCGUAAACACAAACUCCGAGCACCCACCAUCCCGGCCAGAAUAGCAGCAGACAAACUGCAUUCCCCGCGGGGCUGAGUAUAGCCCAGGCAAGCUCCAUCGUAGCCCGUCGCCUCCAAGACAGCGCCGUCUUUGAGCCCCAAGCCCCUGCUUCUGAGAGCCUCCGUACCCCGAUACUGGGCCUCGUUUUUGUGGCCGAGGCCAGGAUGGUCGGCUUGUUGACGGCCGCCGGCUGCGCUAGAAGACUAAGCAGCCGGGACCCGAUGGUCGAGGACAGGUGGCACCACAGUAUGAAGAGGUGGAGCGAGGCCAGAGUGCGUUGCAACCUCUGAACGAGUUGCCGCGUGGGCAUGUAGGCAGUUGUUGCGACGACCGACGUUGCUCUUUGUGCCGUUGCCCAUAGGUUGGGUUCGGAGGCCGACGCGGCAAGUAUCGUUGACAUGUCUACUUUUUUUUUGUCGUCUCGUCGAAUGCUUGCGUGUCGUUCGUCUUGAGUAAUGGAGCAAACGGGUGAGGUCGGUGAUGAUGUGUGUCGUUUCUGUACUGGCCAUCACUCAGUUUGAGGAAGUGAUCAAGCAGCAAAACUCUCGGGGCGUUGACUGCCCAAGUAGGUGUUUGGCUUCCACAGCCUUUUACCCCCCCUCGCCCCUUGCCCCUCCUCAACCCGGACGCUUUUCGGGGAUCGACGGGAAGGCAUUGGCUCGGUAGAUGUAUUGUAGUGGCCCGCGUGAUCCCGGCGGGGUCCCGGAUCUUUGUCGGCCUUGUUUAUCUAUGUCUUGGCCGCCGCCAGAAGCUUUUGAUGCGGCGCAUUUGAUCCGCAUGUGCAUUCCCAGGGUUGCACUCUGAUGCAGCAGCAGCGGCGGCAACAGCAGCAGGCUUGCGGUUGGCUGCAGGAUUGAUCAGGCAUAUGUCGUGGUUUCUUUUCGGCUUGUACAGACGAGGGUCUAGAUUCUCACGGGCUGAUUGCUGACUAGCUAGCGGCGGUUUGUGGAUGAGGUUCGCGGCCGAAGACUUUGGCCGCUGCAUCACCUGCUUGUCAUGGCGAUUGUGAUAGGUUUGAGGGGAUGGGGCGAUUCGCUGGCGCGUGGCUUGCAGCCGGGAAUUACUCGAGAGAUGGUCUGUAAAUCGAUCUGGUGCCGCGGGGAUGGGUGCGGGGAGGAUGGCUUUUCAGACGGAAACGUGGUGAUUUGGUGGUGAUGAUUGGUCAGUCUGGUUUUGGCCACCCAAAGAUAGCAAGGGUAGGUAGGUCGUAAGGUCGGAAGGAUGCCAACUCUGGUAGUCACAAAAUUCGACAAAAUAGGUUCAACUGCCAAAAACUUGGUAAGGACACGAGCUGCAAGGGUUCAGGCGACAUGAGUCGGCAAUUUUUGGAAUUUGGUUCUGACAGAAGCAACAGAACAGAGUUCUUGAUAAAGCUACCUAGCCAAAAAAUCUCAAGUAAUACAAAAGAUUCGCGAUGGUGUAUUGCAACAAACCAACAAGGUAUAUUUGCCAUGUUUGACACAGCAAAAGCCAAGAACAAAACCGAAGCGGUCAAC